AUGUCCACUCUUCUACCAUUUGAUGUCAUUUCCGUCGCAGCCGCGUCGAAGCUUGGUCAUUCCCCGUCGUCGUCCGCCGUCAGCAGCAUUGCGACUAGUGUCGCAGCUAAUCACAAUCACCACAGGUUACCUGAACUUCGUCCAGGCGUCGCAUUCGCGCAUCCAUCGCCACUGCUGAAACGUCUUGUCUUCUCGCACGCGUGUCCUCACCGCAUCUCCCGCCAAUUUCGCAUCGCUGCAACCAUCUCCUCCUCAUCCUUCCCAUCCUCGUCUCAAUCCCCCGAGUUUCCCGUAAUGUCUGCCGCGGAAUCUCAGUCGCCGGCAACUGUGCCGGAGCGUGCCGUCCGCUUUACAGUAACUAACGGCGACGGCAGCAAGCUCUCCGCGUUUCUCGUGGAGCCGAACGCGGCUCUCCCCGAUACGACGUUCCCGGACGGUGCGAUCCGUGAAAGCGCGAAUGGCGGCGAUCGCAGCGUCGCGGAUGGCAGAGCGAAAGUGGUGAUCAUCUGCCAUGGAUUCCGGUCUACCAAGCUGAGCUCUACGGUCCAGAAGCUGUCGGAUGCGAUCCUGGCCGCAGGAUUCGCCACUGUGCGAUUCGACUUCUCCGGCAACGGGGAGAGCGAGGGCGCAUUCGCGACGGGUAACUACCGGCAUGAGGCAGCAGACCUGCACUCCGUGGUGGAGUGGGUGCGGGCGCAGGGCAGGCAUGUGGAAGCGGUGGUUGGGCACAGCAAAGGUGGCAACUGUGUGGUGCUGUAUGCCUCCUUGUACAAGGACGUGCCCAAGGUCAUCAAUGUCAGUGGCCGCUACGACCUCUCAAGGGGCAUCAGGGAGCGAUUCGGGGAGGAGGGAAUGGCGAAGCUGGAGAAGGAGGGGCAGCUAACCCAGCAGGACAAAUAUGGCUCAUACAUUGUAACAAAAGAGAGUAUUCAAGAGCGCCUUGCAACGGACAUGGCUGCUGCGGCACGCGCCAUCCCAACAUCUUGCAGUGUGUGUACAAUCCAUGGAUCAGAAGACGCCACAGUGCCAGUCGAAGACGCGAGCUUUUUCCACACAGAUGUUCCCAACCAUCACCUUCACAUCAUUGACGUCCCCGUGCGCAUUGACUGCGGCAGCGCACAGCCAUCCGUGGCAAACGGAGUGGAGUGGCAGGCGGACGCGUUUUUCGACGGCGGGGAGGCAGUGCAGCUUCCCGCGGGCAACGAGUCGCGCCUCGCAUCCUCCGUCGAGUCCUCGCUGCGCGCCUUCCCCCCGUCCACCAGCCAGUCCGGCCAGGGCGGCGGCUGCUACAACGUCCCGCUCACCACCGGCGCGCGAUACCUCGUCCGCGUCGGCGUCGCGUAUCGGAACUACGAUGGCGCGUCGUCGCCUCCUUUUUUCGACAUUAAGAUCAACGGGCUACUCGUGAAGACCCUCACUCUCCCAGCCGUCGAGCCGCAGUUCCCAUCGUCUGCUUUCUACUCCGAUUUCCUGGUAUACGCGCUACAAGGUUCCAUCUCCGUCUGCUUUACACCGUUCCUCGGCGCCCCAUCUUCCACCCCAUUGGUCAAUUCCCUUGAGUUCCUCCCGAUCCACCCAGAGUCAUACGACGCAGCUAGCAUCGGCACCGAUGCUAUCCUCUCCACCCUGCUCCGAAUCAACUUUGGAGGCCCGGAGGUUACCGAUGCUGAGGAUGUUGGUUACCGAACCUGGGCUCGCGACGUCAACCCUGGCGUUCCAGGAGGAGGCCCCACCAGGGGCCUACAGCCUCUGCAAUUUGCCACCCUAUCCACCACCCAGUCCAUUUCAAAUGCAGGGUCGCCGCCCGACGAGCUGCCCGCGCAAAUCUUUCAGUCUGCCCGGGUGGGUAAGGACGCAGGUGUGGGCCGCGCAACGGGGUUUAUUUACCGAAUGGACCCACAGAACCCCCUCCACCUGUUCUACGUGCGGCUACACUUUGCGGAGAUAGAGGAGGGUGUGAAGCAGGGAGACCGACGGUUUGACAUUAAACUGUCAGAGGACAGCAUUUUUGGUCACGAGGGUCAGCACCUGGACGAAGAUACAGUAGACCAGCAAGGAAAGCUCUGGCCCAACGGGUUUGACAUCAUUGAGGCUGCUAACGGGUCUGCCUUUACGGGGAUUACACUGCCGAUAUUCUUCAAUUACUCGGUGUAUGCGGAGAAUUACGGACGGGAGCUGCGGGUGUGGCUGCCUGCUAUGCCCGAAUCGCCCAAGCCCCCUCUGCUGUCUGCUGUGGAGCUCUACGAGAUCACGCGCACACCUGUUGAUGGAUACGUGUACCGAGGCGUGACGGGCAGUGACAUUGCAGGCAUUGUGAUGGCGUGCGUCUUUGGUGUCAUUUUUGUGCUGCUCCUUGCAUGGCUCCUGGCCGCCCGCUUCACUCGCAGCUCCCGCCAGUAUGCCAUCUUUGGCGCUUCCGGUAAACACAACCGCAGCAGCAAUAUCUAA